CCCCCUUCAUCUAACCAGGAAGUUGUCUUUCUUUAGAAUCCGGCAGAAAGAAAUAAAGAAAGACCUCCGAGUAAUGCAUUUCUGCAACAAGAACAAAAAAAUGAUUCACAUUUUUGUGUGCUGGUUGUUGCUUUUGCUCUCCGAUUAAUCUUUUUUCCCCUGUUUUGGUAUUUUUAGAGGCUUGAAUUGAAUAAAUGGCCGCCGUUGGGCCCGACAAUCGGGAAGUCGCCGCUGGUACGGAAGAGGACGUUGAGUCUGGUAGCAACCGCGGUCAAAAGGAUUUGGGGAGAGACUCCAGUUUUGGGAAGAAAUACGAGACCUACCACAAACAAAAGGAGUUCGGUACAUGGCAAACACUGCUGUUGGCCUACCAAUCUCUUGGAGUUGUCUAUGGGGACAUUGGAACAUCUCCUCUCUACGUGAUGUCAUCGGUGAAUUUCAAAGACCCUACCGAGGAGGAUUUCCUGGGAAUCCUCAGUCUCAUCUUCUGGACCUUGACUUUGAUCCCUCUGAUCAAGUACGUCUUCAUCGUUCUUCGAGCUGAUGAUCAUGGAGAAGGCGGUACCUUCGCGUUGUACUCAUUCCUCUGCCGGCAUCUCAAGUUCAAGUCCAAGCUCACAAUUCAAGACACCAAGUUACCAAGUGAUGCCAGUAUGAGGUAUUACACAGAAGGAAGUGCCAUAAAAUCUAAGACCAAGAACUUCAUUGAGGGAAGUCCAUCGUUCCAAAACUUGCUAACUUUUGUUGUGCUCCUCGGAACUUGCAUGGUUAUCGGUGAUGGCGCCCUGACUCCUGCGACUAGCGUUCUCUCAGCCCUCGUAGGGAUUCAAUCUCUUUCCGCGAAGAUAACACAAAGUUAUGUUAUUGUCAUGUCUGUUGUGCUUCUCCUUGCUCUCUUCCUUUUCCAAAGAUUCGGAACCAGCAAAGUCGGGUUCUCCUUCUCUCCAAUCAUGCUAUUGUGGUUUUCCUCAAAUGUCAUGGUCGGUAUUUACAACAUCUGUAAAUACUAUCCACCGGUUCUCAAGGGCCUAUCGCCGCACUACAUGAUCAUAUUCUUCGUGAGAAAUGGCAUGGCCGGAUGGGCAAUCCUCGGUGCAGUAUUCUUGUGCGUAACAGGGGGUGAAGCCAUGUUCGCUGACCUGGGCCACUUCAAUAAGAGGUCUAUCCAGAUGGCUUUCUCUACAUUCGUCUUCCCGGCAUUGGUGAUUACAUACGCUGGUCAAACGGCUUACUUGAUCAAAAACCCUGGUGAUAUGAGCACUGCCUUUUAUAGCACCAUCCCAAAGGCAGUGUACUGGCCAAUGUUCGUCAUAGCUACCUUGUCUGCAAUCGUUGCAAGCCAGUCCAUGAUAUCUGCCAGCUUCUCCAUCGUGAAGCAGUCCCUAGCCCUCGGUUGCUUCCCUCGCGUUAACAUGAAGCAUACUUCCUCCAAGUAUGAAGGCCAAAUCUACUCUCCAGAAAUCAACUAUAUUCUCAUGGUUAUCUGCAUCGCCCUCGUGGUAGGUUUCAGAGAUGGUGUUCAAAUAGGAAAUGCAUACGGUGUUGUGGUUAUCUGGGUCAUGAUCAUAACAACAUGCCUGGUUACUUUGGUGAUGCUGGUCAUUUGGGACCUAAACUUUCUCCUCAUUAUUGCGUUUUUCGUGCCUUUCAUAAUCAUCGAAGGCAUCUUUAUGACUUCUUUGCUCAGCAAAAUCCUUGUGGGAGGGUGGGCACCGUUUGCAAUUUCGUUCUUCUUCUUGAUAAUCAUGCUUUCCUGGACGAGAGGGAGGAGCAAGAAGACUGCCUAUGAUGCCGAGAGGAGACUGAAAUCGGCUGAACUGAGCGAAAUGCUAUCGAACAACAGUCUUCAUCGACCCCCCGGGAUCUGCUUCUUCUGCACAGACCUUGUCAAUGGGAUCCCUCCAAUCAUCCGCCACUACAUUCAGCACACGGGUUCUGUACGCCAAAUUAUGGUCAUUGUCACGAUAAGGACUCUCCCAAUCAAGUCUGUCCUCCCGGAGGAACGUUUCGAUGUGGGCCAACUGGGGGUCGAUGGGGUUUACAGGUGCUUGGUCCAGUUCGGUUACAAGGACUCGACGAGUCUUGAGGGAGACGAUUUCGUCGCCUCCGUUGUGGCUAAACUCUCCGAGAUUGCUGAAUCCGCGGAAGAGGCAGAGAAGUUGAGAGGAGCGAUGGAGAAGGGAGUGGUGUUCGUGACUGGGCGGACUAUCCUCAAGUCGAAAGAGAGCAACGGUUGGCUGGACCGCUUUGUCGUUGACAAGCUGUACAGGUUUUUCCAGAAGAAUAGCAGGUCUGCGGUUGCAUCGCUCAAGGUGCCCCCCGGAAAAACACUGCAAGUUGGGAUGCUCUAUGAAAUCUAGGACUGGAAAAUUCUAAGAAAACCAAACUGCCAGUUUUGUUGUUGUAGAUCAGUUGCUGGUUACUUUUGACACAUUAAUAAAUUAAUAAAGCCAAAGCCCUUAGGCCUAUAGGCAAUUUUGAUGGCUUCAUUAUUUCCUUGCUUUCUAUGUGUAGACAUGUCUUAUGCCCUAUGGUAUCUUUUCUUUUCUUUU